GUGAAACAUGGCGCUGCGGGCUUUGGUUGGUGUCAAGCGGGUCAUUGACUAUGCAGUGAAGGUGCGGGUGAAGCCUGAUAAGACUGGGGUGGUGACAGAUGGGGUGAAGCACUCUAUGAAUCCCUUCUGUGAGAUUGCCGUGGAAGAGGCAGUGAGGCUGAAGGAGAAAAAGAUUGUCGGUGAAAUCAUCGCCGUAAGCUGCGGCCCACAGCAAUGCCAGGAGACCAUCCGAACGGCUUUGGCCAUGGGAGCAGACCGAGGAAUUCACGUGGACGUUCCUGCAAAGGAUGUUGGGAGCCUCGGACCAUUCCAGGUCUCCAAGAUCAUGGCAGCACUAGCAAAAAAAGAGAAUGUGAAUCUUGUGCUGCUGGGGAAACAGGCCAUUGAUGAUGACUGUAACGAGACCGGACAGAUGACCGCAGCUCUGCUUGACUGGCCUCAGGGGACAUUCGCCUCAGAAGUGAAAGUGGAAGGAGAGAAGUUGACGGUCGUGCGAGAAGUAGACGGGGGGCUUGAGACCAUCAGCCUUAAACUCCCUGCAGUGGUCACCGCUGACUUACGUCUGAACGAGCCGCGUUACGCCACUCUUCCUAAUAUCAUGAAAGCCAAAAAGAAGAAAAUCGAGACGGUGAAACCGUCAGAUCUGGGAGUCGACAUCACAAGCCGGAUACGUAUUUUAAGCGUGGAAGAUCCCCCCCAAAGACAAGCUGGUGUCAAAGUAGAAACAGUAGAGGACCUUGUAUCCAAGUUGAAGGAAAGUGGGCGAAUAUGAUGAGUGAAGGGCCACUCUCUCUGCUUCUAGAGAAACCCAAAAAUGAAGAAAAUCGAGACAGUGAAACCGUCAGAUUUGAGAGUCGACGGCACAAGCCGGAUAUACGUUUUAAGCGUGGAAGAUCCCUCCCAGAGACGAGCUUGUUAAAUUCAGUGCUGAUUUUUAAGACAAGCUUUACUGCCCGUUUAAGUGACGCUUUUUACACCGAGUUAUCCAGGAUUAAAAAAAGAAUCCCACAUUAA